CUGGCUGAAUCGGCAAUGUAUCUCGCAUUUCCGUGUGGUGUUGUCAGAGGUGCACUCUGCAAUAUCGGUAUACCCUCACUGGUCACAUCCUCAGUGGAGUCGUUGCCUGCAGUUAAAUUUCAUGUUCACGUUCAACAGAAACCGUGA